GAUGGACUCAUUCCGGCAUUGGAAUUAUCUUCCAAAAACGGUUCACUUAAAGCGACCUUUUCGGCCAGUUUCUCCUUUAAAACAGGUUAAUGAAUAGAAUUAGUCGAUAAAAUGUACUUACAUUACCGGAAAGACGCAUAUUCUCUGUUUCCCUCGUAUCAGGAUGAGGUGCGUGGAAGGCAAAUUAAAGAGCCGCUUUCGUUUAUAACUGUGGUACUUUAUUUCAUUAACGGAAACACUUAUUUGUUAUUAGUUCCCUCCCUUAAAUAAGACAGGGUUGUUUCAGCAAUUGUUACAGGAAGUCUACGAGGCUAAAUCAACAUCUGUUGCAAACUCUACGAACAGACAAAUUCUACCGUUACUCAUCGUUAAAAAGUGAAAUCGUAUCAACGGUGCUUAGAAAAUUGCACAUGCGUUGUUCGGAAUACAGAUUGAGAAGCUUUUACUCAAAAAUUGUUCAUCUUAUUAAUUGAAUUAGCGUCUGAAUUAGAAAGAAAUUUUCCAAACGAAGAAAAACCACCUAACGAUAGUGCAUUAAAAGUUUCAUUCUUUAGACGACACUCGGCCCGUUUAACAUAACGUCUUUAAGCAUUGUCAGUACGAACCUGUGGUUACAAGGAGACUUCAUAUAGAGCAGAACAUGAGACGUGUUGCCAUUACUGGAGUGGGCUUAUUGACGCCUUUAGGAUAUGGAAAAACAGUGAAUUGGACACGAUUGCUGGAGGGGAAAUCAGGCAUCAUUUCGUUAGCGUCCGACAAACGGUACCAAGAUGUUCCAAGCAAAGUUGCAGGCAUUGUUCCUCGGGGAGAAAAGGACGGUGAAUGGAAUACGUACGGAAGAAUUGACUCUGUGAUUGCUCGUGAUAUGUCUAUUUUCACGCAUAUGGGGAUUGAAGCGGCCGAAGAAGCCCUAUGCGAUGCUGGAUGGGACGGGCAUCUUUCGGACGAUGCUAAGAAUGAAACGGGUGUAUGUUUCGGAGCCGGUAUUGGAAAUGUAGACGAACUCGUGGAACAGAUGCAAAUUAUGAUGACAAAGGGUGCUCGAAGGGUUUCUCCAAAGCUCAUUACAAAGACACUUUUAAACAUGACAGCGGGUUAUAUCUCCAGAAUGCAUGGAUUCACAGCUUUCAAUCACACAGCAAGUACGGCUUGUGCUACGGGAACACACUCGAUUGGUGAUGCUUUUCAAUUCAUACAAUUAGGCCAUGCAAAUGUAGCUGUUGCUGGAGGUUCAGAGGCCAGUGUUCAUCCACUUUCCAUGGCAGGAUUUGCCAAAGCAAAGAGUCUGGCCACUGCGUUUAAUGAUAGGCCAGCAGAAUCAUCACGUCCUUUUGACGAGAAACGCUGUGGAUUCGUUAUGGCCGAGGGAGCAGGCGCUGUUGUAUUGGAAGAACUUGAGCAUGCGAAGAAACGCGGCGCCAGAAUCUAUGCAGAGCUCGUCGGAUAUGGUUUGUCUUCAGACACCUACCAUAUUACAGCUCCUAACCCGAACGGUGAUGCCGCAUACCUGGCAAUGAAACGCGCGAUGGAUCGAGGCGGUCAAUCUGUGCAGAACUUGGAUUAUAUAAACGCGCACGCAACUUCGACAAAACUUGGUGAUGCUGCUGAAAACAGUGCCAUUUGCAGACUGUUAGCAGGUGUUGGUCGGCUUCCUUCUUCGCUUGCCGUUUCCAGUACAAAAGGUGCCACUGGUCAUUUACUUGGUGCUGCCGGCGCCGUUGAAGCUGUGUUCACAGUUCUCUCCAUUUAUAAUAAUGUAAUGCCGCCCACUCUGAACCUCAAUAAGACUGACUUGCCUGAACACUUGCAGUGUAACUAUGUUCCAAAUAACCCGCAGGAAAAAAAGGUGAAUGUCGCUUUGUCUAACAGCCUUGGAUUUGGGGGAACGAAUGCUUCAUUAUGCUUUAAAUCAAUUCGUUAAAAUGAAAUCAUAAUCAGUUGUUACAUACAGAGUUCUAGCGCAUUUCUCCAUAUGCACCUCUGUCUCUAGUAGUAUCAUAUGCUCUAACAACACGAUCUUGACCCUCAUCUGCUUGGGAAAAGGCGUAACCACGUUGCUUGCGCAUCCGCUGCAUUUGUCUGAUUUUGCGGAUUGCUUUUUGGAAUUGUUCCAUACGAGGUCGGUAAUCAGCCACAUUGUAUUUUUGGAUUUCCUGAACAUGGUGAUAUUGCUCUGGUGCAUACAUUCUCGUAUAAUAUUUCCAAAUUAGAUCACGAAGUAAUGCAGUCAAAGGGAAAAGUAUCAGUGCCAACCAAAACUUGAGAUUUCCAUACAGGUGAGGAAUAAUUCCAUAAUAUUCUUUUGAGAACCCAAUUGCUGGCGCUACAGUAGAAUAGAUAGGCAGGAACACAAGCCAGAGAAUGAAAGAUCCUGGGAUGGCAAUGUAUGUGUACUUUGUCCAGAUGUUUGUAGCUAACGCUGCCUUACCAAGAACAGUGAAGAGAACAACACCGUAAAGUGUUGUGCCCCAAACCCAAUGUCCAGAUGUGUAACCAUUCGCGUUUGGUCCAUCGAAUAAGAAGACGGCCUCCGUCAUGAAGAAAAGCAAAAGGGAAUGAUAGAAUCCAUUUGCAAUCCAAGAACAGAAGUUCUUUGAAUUGAACAAGGAACCCGUUUGUCCCAAAUGGUAAAGCUGUGGGUAUCGAUCCAACAAUGGUGCGCUCACAAACUGGUCAAAAAUACCAAUCACAAGGGGAGGAAGUACCGUGAAGAGAACGUUGUAAAGCGAAAUGGACCAUGAUUCGUAAAUCGCAGAUCCAGAGAAACCAUUUUGGAAAGCAAACCAAAACUGAGUCAUGUAAAGAGAGAUGUUCUUAUAGUAUGAGUAAAGAAUAAGCUUGCUCAAUCUUUGAUAACUCCAUGAACCAUGAACCAGGAGCAAUUUGCGCAAAUACCGAAAUUGAGCGAUCGCAAAGUCUGAGCUACGAACGGCUUGAAGUCCUUCCAUACCACUAAUACCAACGCCAAUAUGGGCUGCUUGGAUCAUAGAGACAUCGUUUGCACCAUCACCAAUGGCAAGAAGGAUAUCACUUGAAUUUCUUUUAACGAGUUGAACGACAAGAGCUUUCUGUAAAGGAGAUACGCGACAGCAAAUUACAGCUUUGCAUUCGCAGGCAAGCUCGUAAAAAUGUUGUUCAAGAUUCUUCUCCAUAGCAUACUCAAGAGACUUUCCGUCAAUAACAAGAGCCAUUGGCUCGAUUUGGCCAGUGUUUUGGCGUCCUCUGUAAAUGGCAGAAAGCUUCUGGAGAAUACUGUCCGUGGUUUUCUCUUUCGUGGAUUCAUUUAUGAUAACCAAAUUCAUAUCCUCAUUAAUCAGUUUACAGCUCAUUCCGAUAUUAAUUGCAGUUUCUUGACGAUCGCCAGUCAGGACCCACAUCUUAAUGCCCGCUGUUUGCAAGGAAGAAAUGGUCUCGGGAACACCGUCCUGAAGUCGAUCCUCAAUAGCCGUGGCUCCGAGAAGAGUGAGAUUCUUUUCAAUAAGCUCGGCGGCGUCAGAAAGUUUUUGAGCUCUGUUAUCCAAGCUCGUGGCUGCAUCUUCAUAUGUGGCAUUCCAAUCUUCGUAUUCCUUUUCUCCAAGCUCACGCAUCGCAAUACAUAGCGUACGUAAACCAGUCGUAGCAUAGUCCUCCAAGUGGUGAAGCGUCUUUUCGACGUGUGGAUUGUCCGUGGGCGAAAGUCUGUC